AUGACUUCACAAAAUGUAGUGUUGUUAUGCCGGUGGGGAGGUGAAAUUAUGUGCGAUGGAUCAAAUGUUGAGUACAGUGGAGGGAAUAUGGAACUUAUAACACUUGAACCGAGCAUGACUGUGAAUGAUUUGAUGAAUGAGGUUCACAGUAGUAUCGGCUCAAACCCAAUGAAUGCUGAACUGAACCUUAAAAUGAGGUGUGAGACUGGGCAUGGGGUUCAAGUGUUACCUGUCUCCACAAACAAACAUUUAAAAGCUUUAAGAAGCAUUGUUACAAUGAAGGGUGUUCCCAAUGAGAUAUAUGUAGAAACAGUGCCUAUAUGUACCCAACAAAGUACUUGGGCAGAACAACAUCCUACAUAUGUCUCCGAUUACAACACCGCGUCCUUCCAAGGCCCUUCAAACCACAUUCCAUCGAAUGAAUAUGGGAUGGGAACUUUCAGUCGCUUGCUGCAUGAUGAUCAAUUUCAGAUGCCGUUUAGUCCUCAUAUAGCAUCACCUGCACAUGCGGGGGGCUAUGAUGAGGAUGAUAAUGGGGAGGAGUAUGAUAGGCUUGAUGACAUGGAUCUUGAAGAUGGGCAGAUGGAAAUUGAUGAGCCCUUGGUUAGAACUGCAGUACCCUGGUUUAGUCAGAUAAAUGAGAAUUAUGAAGUUGAUGAGUAUUGGGCCAAUUCAGGGAGUCAUACAUCAUUUGUUCCAGGGGGAGAAUUCGAGAAGGGGAUGUACUUUGACAGUAAGAAAACGCUUCAAGAAAUGGUGAAGAUGUAUUCUAUACAGAGAAAUCAAUUCUACACCACAGUGACCUCAAAUGAGAGUGUCCUUCAUCUGCGUUGCAAGAAGAAAUGUGGAUGGUCUCUAAGGGGUACCAGGACAAGUGAGCACUCGCGUGGCUUCACCAUAGUCACAUACAAAGGCCCGCAUCGGGAGAACUGUGUUACCGAAUUACUAUCUAAUGAUCACCCACACUUGGAUUCGUCCAUAAUAUCUGAGUUUGUGAAGUCCUUUGUGCAGAAAGUCCCGACUCUAAAAGUUGAAUUCAUUCAGGAACUCAUCUCCAAGCAAUUCCAUUUUGAAGUUCCGUAUAAAAGAGCAUGGUAUGCCAAGGACAAAGCCAUCACUCAAAUUUUUGGUGAUUGGGAGAGUUCUUACAGCAGACUUCCUCAGUUCAUGCAAGCACUGCAACAGUCAAACCAGGGAACCGUAGUCAUAUGGAAACACAAAGCUCUAGUGGAGGGUAGGUAUACCAGCAACAUGGAAGUAUUUGAACAAGUGUUUUGGGCAUUUGGUCCUUGUAUCGAUGGUUUCAAACAUUGUAUGCCUGUCAUCUGUAUCGAUGGGACGCACUUGUACGGGAAGUAUAACGGAACACUUUUGGUUGCUACAGGUGUGGAUGGAAACUUCCAAGUAUUUCCACUAGCAUUUGCGUUGGUUGAGGGGGAAAACAUUUCCAGCUGGUCUUGGUUUAUGAGCUGUCUUCGGGAUAGAGUUACGCAACGAGAUGGCUUGUGUGUUAUAUCUGAUCGACAUGCAGGGAUUAUUGCAGCAAUGAAUGAUCCUAACAUUGGAUUCACUCAACCCCGAGCCUACCACAGGUUUUGUGUUCGUCACUUGGCUUCAAACUUGAAAUCUCACGUGCGAAGCACCAUCACGAGAGAUACGUUCAAGGCUGCUGCGUACCAAAGACAAGAAAGAAAACUGCAAGCUGACUUGUUUUCGAUUGGUCAGGCAUGUACGAAAUCUUUACAGUAUAUUGCCCAAGUGUCGUUUCCUACGUGGUCUUUGUUUCACGACGGUGGUCGCAGACAUGGGAUAUGUACAACAAACUUCUCUGAGACAUUUAACAAUGUUUUGAAAGGUGCUCGGUUCAUUCCAGUUAUGUCCCUUGUUGAGUUAACUUUCCACAGAGUUAACAGGUACUUCACCUUAAGAAGAGAAUCUGCUGAGACCAGGGCCGAACAGGGACUUGCAUAUCCCCCAAAAGUCACUGCUAUUUUGGAGAAGAACACAGCAAAAGCAAGAUACCACAAGGUGGAUGCCUAUAACCGUCGGCUGCACAUUUACCAAGUGACGACACAUAGGGGGGAGCGAGUUGGUAGAAAGGGAGGCCAUAGACACACUGUUAACUUCCAGUUGAGAACCUGUACAUGCAACAAACCCCUGAUAUUCCACCUUCCAUGCUCUCAUGUUCUAGCAGUGUGUGCGACUUAUUCACUGUCCGAGAGGCCGUGGGUGGACCCUUUCCUGCAAUCGGAUGCGUAUAUGAACACGUAUGCACCACAGUUCUGGCCUAUUCCAUGUGAGACCACUUGGACGCAGUACAUAGGACCUAGACUCAUCCCGGACGCCAGCAUGGUGGACAUAGCGGAAAUGUUGGGGUGCAGGCACUUGAGGUCCGGCUGGGCAGUCGAUCCACGCGUUCUUCAGUACGUCGACUGGGUUGGCUUUGGUGGUAUUCAUCGCGUGGGCUACAGAGAAAUAGAUCGAGGGCUUAUCACAACAUUAGUUGAGAGAUGGAGGCAAGAGACACACUCCUUCCAUCUUCCUGUGGGGGAGGCGACAGUCACGCUGCGGGACGUCGCGAUACUCACACGCCUUCCCAUCCAUGGGAAUGCGGUGACAGGGGGUGUGCUGUUAGACCACGACUGGGAUGAGAUCCAUGGAUACAGUUGGGGUAGUGCUUGUUUGGCGGUCUUGUAUCGCCAUCUGUGUAGAGCAUCACAGCGUGGAGCACAGCUAAUUGGAGGUCCUUUGGUUGUGCUACAGCUAUGGGCUUGGGAGCACAUCCAUGUAGGGAGACCAGGUAGGCCUGUUGUACACCGUCCAGGGCAGCUGGACCAGGACGAUCAGUACGCAGCAUACGAUGCUCCCCCGCUCCCUGAACCCGAUCAGGUGGGUGGUUCCCAGACUAACACAUGCGCAUACAGCGAGAGGUCUUCUCUACUACCGUGA